GAGGAACGGUGCACUCAACUUGAUCAAGUUCUCAAGGAGUUUUAUCGACAAGACCCGUGUAGGUAACGAUUUGACACCGAUUGGUAACAAUCAAAUUUCAAUCAUUUCCUCAAUAAGGCCGUUUUUGAAUCGUGUGGACAAUUACUGAAACAUUUAGGUAACAAAUCAUUACCAACCCACUAACCCAGGAAUCACCAUAAUCCCAUAAUGUGUACACUAUGUGACCAUUUUGUUACUUCAAGCAUGCCUUUCACAUCGUAAUUUUGUAUUUUCCUAAUUUCACCGUGUAACACGUGUUUCAAAAUGAUUCUUGGCCAAAACUGUACAUCUUCAAAACUCUUGAAUUUUGGCGUGAUUUAAGAAAUUAGAAUCUUAUCAAGCAUUAAUAUUUGAUGUAACAAAAGCUGUUUCUUAUCCCCAAAAUUGGCUACAUUGUGUACGAAUGUUCGUAGAGAGAGAAGAACAAUAAUUGGAUAUUGAUAAUGAAAAUUGGUCUGGAUACUUGGGAGAGGGUGACAUGCCGUAGGUGAUGAACAGCUCCACCCACCCACCCACCUGGCCAGGCAACGUUGGCCAAAACGAGGCCGAGAAAUGAUGAAUUAUUGAACACUUCUCCUCAGGCGAAGGAAUUAAGUGGUUGGAAACAAAUUGCAUGUAUGCCAGUCACGUUAAGGUGCGGGUGCAGAAGCGAUGUCGUCUCAACCUCCGCGGGGUCGCGAUGACCUUAUCGUGAUACGGGUGUCCGGGUGACAUCCACUUCGCACGGCCCCAACCCGGGUAUCCGUCAAGUGGAAUAGUCAUCCGGGUAGGAGAAAGUCUUAUAAGAAUGACUGAAUUCCUUGGGUGAACGAUCAGUCGUGUAAUUCUCACCGGACUGGAAAUGUGGGUGUCUCUACUUGCCUCAAUUUUGCAUUUUGCAUAACCACAGCUUGGUGAAUUUUUGAUAAGUGGGUAUCAUCAGGCAGGAUGGAGAGGAGGAGGUCGUUACGGGCGGCGACGAAGGGUCACCCCCUCUUCACGCAGAGAUAUGUCCCACCCAUCCACACGCUCAACUCGUCAGGCGAAAGUACGGGAGGGAGCAGUGAGGGGUCGAUGGAUUUGUGUUCGACAAGUUUGGCUGCGGCGACGACUGUGGCGACGGUUGUGACGCCCCCACCGGUUACCACACCAUUUGGCUAUAUAUUGCACGCCAUGGAGCACGACGCCAAGUGGAGGCAAGAGCGUGGCGUCGGGAGGGCGGUGGGAAUGUACAGAAUUCAUGGAGAAAUUGGGACUGGGAACUUUGCGAGGGUGCGGCUGGGUGUGCACCAACUCCUCAAAGAACGCGUCGCGGUGAAGAUCGUGGAUAAGGCGAGGGUGGAGCCAAAACUGGAAAAAAUGUGGAACCGUGAAGUCGCCACAUUGGAUUCGUUACAUCAUCCCAACAUUAUGCGACUCUAUGAGGUGCUAGAGACGCCAUGGAAGUUGUACCUGAUAUCCGAGUGGGCCCCGGCUGGAGACCUUUACGCUAAAGUGACGCUGCGAGGUCGCCUCACAGAACGGGAGACGAGACCAAUCUUCACCCAAAUUUUAUCCGCUCUGACAUUUAUGCACGGUAAUGGUGUCGUGCAUCGAGAUUUAAAGGCUGAAAAUAUAUUUUUUUCAACCUCGACACAUUGCAAGGUUGGUGACUUUGGUUUCGCUACGAUGUGUCACAAGGGCCAACUAUUGUCCACGUUUUGUGGCUCGCCACCGUACGCGGCCCCCGAACUCUUCCGAGACGAUCAUUACGAAGGAGCUCCUGUCGACAUAUGGGCGCUUGGGGUGCUCCUCUACUUCAUGUUGGAGGGCUGCCUGCCCUUCGUGGCGAAUUCUAUCCCUUCCUUAAAAGCUGCCAUUCUCACGGGUGUGUAUGAGCUCUCUCCUGGAACUUCGGACGAUGGGACGUCCCUCCUCGCAGGAAUCCUGCAGCAACGUCCCCGUUCACGUUUUACCCUCUCCACCAUCCUGCGACAUGGUUGGUUGCGCCACAUCCGUCGCCAAGACACAACUGCCCUGCUCCUCCCCGCCAUAACGAAUCGCGCCUUGUCGACACAGCUCCCGACGCACUCACAGGUCUCGAAUCGUCUCCUAUCUGCGCCAGAAAUGAGUGCACUCAAUGCAUUGACAAGUCUUGGCGUUGCGCCAACAUCGCUGGAUCAGUAUCGAGCUCAAGGCGUGCGAUCUGCAGUCGGCGGUGUGUACCGCAUCCUUCUCCACAAGUAUCAGCAGGGACUUCCCAUUAGUGAAACGCUUUUCCAGCAAGUGGCCACAUCGCCAACGGGUAAAAAGGGAGGAAAGAAGUUACAUGACGCUGAUGAGUUUGACGUUGAUGGCAGUAGCGAAAAGCCUCCGCAAGGUUUGCAUGUCCCAACGACAUCGCGACUUCUGCGGAAACAAGUCGCCUACGACGACGUGCAGCAUUCCACGACGUGUGUGAUUCUAUGAGAAGGAAAAAUAGAUAUUUACAAAGACUGGGCGUUAUUAGUGAGUAUUACAUGACGACAUUUGGCGACUGCAUGUCGACAGAUUCAGGUUGACAUUUUUGAUACGUUUGUAACGUAAGGUGAGACUUGAGAUCAGGUAGAAAAUAGAUAUUUAUUUAUUUAUUUAUUUAUGUAUGACUGAUGAGAUGGAUUGGAAAUUAAUGACAAAAAACGAAAUUGAAGUUAAUAAAAUUUCGUGUUUUAAUUGUCAACCUA